AUGAUGUUUCUCAUAGUGCUCACCUUGGCUGUCUUCACGGGGUGCCAUGCCAACAUAUUGUAUGCUGAUGAGCCUAAACCACAGCUGGAUCUACUGACAGAUUCCUUUUGGGACUAUGUUGCCAAGGAGACUGAAGUGCUGAAGGAGCGUCUGGGGCAGGACCUCACUACCUUUAAGGGGAAACUGGAGCCCUACGCAGAGGACAUGAGAGUCCAGGUUCUCCAGAGAGUGGGAGAGUUCAAGGCUUCAUUGGUGCCUUAUGUCGAGUCUCUGAAUGCCAGAGCCCUGACAGCCACUCUGCUCCAGAAGAGUGAGGAGCUGAAGAGCAGUCUGGAGCAGAGUGUGCAGGAGCUGCAGUCCCAGCUGGGCCCCUACACAGAGGAGCUCAAGCAGAAGAUGGACCAGCACCUACUGGACUUCCAGACCAGUGUGGCCCCCUUGGCUGCUGACCUCCAGACCCAGCUGGCCCAGAGAGCCGAGCUGGUCCAGCAGAGGCUGGCCCCCUACGCUGAAGACCUGAGAGGCAAGCUGGACCCCUACGCCCAGGACCUGAGAGGCAAACUGGCCCCCUACGCCCAGGACCUGAGGGCCCAGAUCACCGGCCUCUAUGACGCUUUCACCAAGACAAGCUAAAUAUGACUUUAUGGUUCGUCUAACUAGGUCAAUGUGUUGAAAUGAUUUGUCCUUGCCCUGUGUUUUGCACUUGGAGCUCACCUUUCACUUGGGAAGUCUAUUUUAAGUGACCUUAA